CGAAGGUGCUGAUACGACUCUGUCCCAGAUCUCUGCCUGUAGCCAUGUUCGAGAAAACACUCUUCGGUAGGAUAUUCCAAAAUUUCGGGCUUCAUCUAGGCACCAGAGAUGAUUUUCUUGUGGAUUCCUACAGCAUCGACAAAGAUGGGGACGAGAAGAAAAGCGAGCAAAAGCAGGAACUGAUAUGGGUCAAUAUAGCAUCGAUCUUUUUUAUUCAUGCUUAUGCAGUUUAUGCUACGCUGACCUACUUUCCCGAACUCACGUGGUCCUUGUUCCUCUGGGGAUGGUUUACGUGCGUUUUGGGAGGACUUGGUGUCACAGGAGGUGCGCACAGACUUUGGUCACACAAGUCUUACAAAGCUAAACUGCCUUUUCAGAUACUUCUUCUCUUCUGUUUCACACUUUCCGGACAGAAUAGCAUGUACGACUGGGUUAGAGAUCACAGAGUGCACCACAAGUUCUCAGAGACAGACGCGGAUCCACACAACGUCAAGAGAGGAUUCUUCUUCUCCCACGUGGGCUGGCUCAUGAUGAGGAAGCACCCUGAAGUAUACGAAAAAGGAAAAACCGUCGACAUGUCUGAUAUUGAGAAAGACCCGCUCCUAGCUUUUCAUAGGAAGUAUUUCAUCCCUCUGAAAAUCAUAAUUGCAUUCGUUCUUCCGACUAUAAUACCACCCCUAGUUUGGGGAGCCUCUUGGAAGAUGUCUUUCAUUGUCGUAUGCGUCGUGAAGUACGUGAUCUUACUAAACUGCACCUGGUCAGUGAACAGCGCAGCCCACAUCUGGGGAAAUAGACCUUUCGACAAAACUAUAAAGCCUGCAGAAAAUAUCUUGGUGGCCAUAUGCUCUCUUGGCGAGGGUUGGCACAACUACCACCACGUCUUCCCAUGGGACUACAAAGCAGCCGAGAUCGGGGCUUACUCGACCAACUGGACCACCUUCAUCAUCGACUUGGCCGCCAAGUUGGGCCAAGCCUACGAUCUCAAGCACCCUUCUGAGGACCUCGUCUUGGAAACGGCAAAGAAGAGGGGAGACGGCACCUGGCUUUGUCACGCGGAAGUCAAAUAUGAAUGAAAAAGAGCUUGUGCUUUUAGGCUAAAUUCAAAGACUUGUUUGUUUGCAAUCUCAUAUU